GUUUACAUCCGGGGACUGUCGCUCUGGGCAACAAGCUAAAGCGCUCGCUCAAGGAAACAAGAUUAUACACAGUCAAAACUGGGAAUUUAUCAAAAUUAUAACGUCACUGUGAGUGAGGAGACGCCCGAGCAUCAAAAUGCCACCCAAAAAGAAAAGCGGAAAGAAGAAGAAGUCGGCAAAGUCCAAAACGCCAACUGUGAUCGAUGGCAUGUCAACUGCAGAAAUGUCAAAGGAGCAGUUGGAGGACCACAUCACCCGACUGCGUGAAGAACUGGACAGGGAGAGGGAAGAGAGAAAUUACUUUCAACUUGAGCGUGACAAGGUUAACACAUUCUGGGAAAUCACAAAACGUCAGCUGGAAGAAAAGAAGGCUGAGCUGCGAAACAAAGAUCGUGAAAUGGAAGAUGCAGAGGAAAGGCACCAAAUAGAGAUAAAGGUCUACAAACAAAAAGUGAAACAUCUCCUUUACGAACAUCAAAACAACAUAUCUGAGCUAAAGGCAGAGGGAACAGUGGCUAUCAAACUGUCUCAGGAUGACCACAGACGGAAUGAAAUGGACCUGAGGAAAGACAAACGUUCUCUCAAAGUGGCGCUGAAAGAACAAGAGCUUGCUCAUGAAGACAUUAUCAAAAACUUGAAAAAGACAAAUGAUGAAGAGGUGACUGAGUUACGAGCAGACUUUGAACGGCAAGCUAGGGAAAUUGAGGCCAAGUACGAGAAGAAAAUGAGAGCUUUGAGAGAUGAAUUAGAUCUGAGACGUAAGACAGAGAUCCAUGAAAUUGAGGAGAGGAAGAAUGGUCAAAUCAACACACUAAUGAAGAAUCACGAGAAAGCCUUCAGUGAUAUUAAGAACUAUUACAAUGACAUCACCCUCAAUAACCUGGCUCUCAUCAACACAUUGAAGGAACAAGUAGAGGAGAUGAAAAAGAAAGAGGAGAGGAUGGAGAAGCAGAUGGCUGAGGUGAUUGCUGAGAAUAAGAGGCUUACAGAGCCACUGCAGAAAGCCAGGGAAGAAGUGGAGGAGCUGCGCAAACAUCUAGCCAACUACCAGAAGGACAAGGAGUCUCUCAGAAUGACCAAAGCCAGGUUAAAGGUCACUGAGGAAGACCUGAAGGCUUUGAAAUGGGAGCAUGAAGUUCUGGAACAGAGGUUUGCCAAGACUCAGACAGAGAGAGAUGAUCUGUACAGGAAGUUUGUCAAGUCUAUCCAUGAAGUCCAGCAGAAGAGCAACUUCAAAAACUUGCUUUUGGAGAAGAAGUUGUCUGCCCUUGCUGAUACUUUGGAGAAGAAGGAGGCACAGCUGAAUGAAGUGCUAUCAGCUUCUAACUUGGAUCCCACAGCUCUGACAGUGGUCACUCGCAAACUUGAGGAUGUAUUGGACUCUAAGAAUAGCGCCAUCAAAGACUUACAGUAUGAAUUGGCUAGAGUCUGCAAGGCUCACAAUGAUUUGUUACGGACAUACGAGGCCAAACUCCAACAGUUUGGAAUCCCAACAGAGGAGCUGGGUUUCAAGCCACUGGAGAGCACCGUCGGUGGACAGUCCCUAGGCCAGGGCCCUGCUGGAUUGGUGUCUGCCCCUUCAUAGACAGUAGCCAAUAUAAAUGCAUACAUCUACCGUCCCGUUAUUAUAUUUACCAGUAAAACCAGUUUAAUCAUGUUGUACAUUACACUAGUGUGAAAAAAUUCUGUAUUUAGUCUUAAUGGCCUGUUACGUGUUUUUAGGCUGUGAUAAUUUAUUUUACAUCAUGUGCUGGCCACACCGGAGAGGGGGAGGGGAAGCGACCAAGGGAAUAUUUGUUUUACUCCAUUGUCUUUUUAAGCAACAAAGAUAUUACCUUUGUGAAAAUUUAUUUUUUCAGUAGCAGGCAUAUCUGACCAGCUUUUGAGUAAUUUUUUCCCCAGUGACAAAAGUUAAAAACAUGGAAGAAAAAAUCCUGGAUAUUUACUAAGAUUCAAGCUUGUGUCUUCUACAAAUAUACAGUCAGAUGUAUGUGUGACUGUUUUAUGACUUGAACAUAAUUAUUACAACCAUGAAAACUGUGAAUAAUUUAAUUUAAUAAACAUGUACAGUUUUACU